CUCUCCUUUGUAGAGCACUGUGGGAGAGACAAGGGUUGCCAAUUCUUGUUUAGAAUUUCCUGGUUUCCCCGCAUGAGGUCCUUAAAAUCAUUUGGGGUCUAUCGUUUCUCAUUGCCAGUUAGAAUGGUUAUAAUAACAGUUCGAGACAAGUUAUAUACAUAUUAUUAUAAGAAAAACUGUCAAUGAGUAACCCCUAGCAUGAGAACUAGCAUUAUAUUGUGAUCUUUAUCUAAUGUGAUUAUAAUUUAUUUUUCUUUUAUUGUGUAAAAUUCAUAUUUCAAGAUGACUUCACCUAUAGCUUCAAAGGUUCCAGUUGCACCCUCUGUACAGGAAUUCAGUAUUCGUGUACCAAAAAAUAACAAAAAGAAACAUAAUGUAAUGCGCUUUAAUGCCACAUUAAAUGUUGAUUUUUCAAAAUGGACACAAGUGAAGAUGGAGCGUGAAAAUAAUAUGAAGGAGUAUAAAGGAGUAGAAGAAGAAAUGCCAAAGUUUGGAGCUGGAUCUGAGUUUGGGAGAGAUGCAAGAGAAGAAGCUAGAAGAAAAAAGUUUGGCAUUACUAGUAGGAAAUAUAAGCCAGAAGAUCAGCCAUGGAUUUUAAAAUCUGGUGGGAAAACUGGGAAGAAGUUUAAAGGCAUAAGGGAAGGUGGUGUGAGUGAAAAUGCAGCAUAUUAUGUUUUCACUCAUGCUUCUGAUGGAGCCAUAGAAGCUUUUCCAUUACAUGAAUGGUAUAAUUUUCAACCAAUACAAAGAUACAAAGCAUUGAGUGCAGAGGAAGCAGAGCAAGAAUUUAGUCGUAGGAAUAAAGUAAUGAAUUACUUUUCACUUAUGUUACGUAAAAGACUUAGAAAUGACGAGGAAGGUGCAGACGAUGAGGAAAUGAUGGAUGGUGGGAAGGGUAAGAAACCAACUAAAAAAGAGAAAGAAUUAAAGAUUUCUGAAAUGGAUGAAUGGAUGGAUAGUGAUGAUGAUGACUCAAAUAGUAAUGAUGAUGAAAAUAAGAAAAACUCUGAAGAAGAAGAUGAUGCUAAGAAGAAGAAGAAAGCUAAAGCUAAUUCACAGAAGAAGAAAAAGAAGAAUGCUUCAGAUGAUGAAGCAUUUGAAGAAAGUGAUGAUGGAGAUGAAGAAGGCAGGGAAUGCGAUUAUAUUUCUGAUUCUUCAGAUUCUGAAUCAGAAUUGGAACAACAAAAAGAAAUCAAGUCUGUUGUGGAAGAAGAUGCAUUACGAAAAUUGCUUGCAUCAGACGAAGACGAGGACGAUGAAGAGCAAACAGAUAAAAAGGAUGGUGAUGAAGAUAAGGACGAAGACGAUGAAAAUAAAGAGAAAGAAGAUAAGGACAAGGAUAAGGCAAGUAAAGAUACAGAUAAGAAGAAAGAUAAAAAGAAGAAGAAGAAACAGUCAAAAAAGAAGGACGUGAAAAAGCUUGGAUCUGGAAAGGAUUCUUCAAGUGACUUUUCUAGUGAUUCAGGAUCAGAAUCUGAUACUGUAAAAGAAAAAGAUAAUAAGAAAUCAAACAGUGCACACAGUUCGAGAUCUGCAACACCUACUCCUGCUGGAAUGCCUGAUCCUAUGAAAAGAAAACAUUCUGGUUCUCCAGAUUUAUCACAAUCAAAAAAAUUAAAGAUAGAGAGCACUUUAGGACCUCUAUCUGGUUACAUUCCAGGAGCCAGUGAAUCUGGUAUCUCUGAAGAUGCUGUUAGGCGUUAUCUCAUGCGUAAACCAAUGACAACAACAGAACUUUUGCAGAAGUUUAAAUCCAAAAAAACUGGCCUUACUUCCGAACAAUUAGUUAACGUAAUGACUCAAAUACUGAAGAAGAUUAAUCCAACUAAACAGACAAUAAAGAAUAAAAUGUACUUGUCGAUAAAAACACAAUCCAAUUGAUAUGUUUAUGUAUUUUUAUGAACUAGUACAAUCAUCCUAAUAUAUUCUGCAAUAUUUAUUUUAUGUAACAUGUAAAAUAGUUUACAUAACCAUAAAAUAUAUUAAUUUAAAAAUC